UGAAGGUCAUUGUCUAUGUUGCAUCGUUAAAAUAGUUUCCUAAUGCGGCUGCUUAAACCGGUCUGGGUAACCCAUGGAUUUCUUUCGAAGGACAAAGCUGUUGGUCGACCAAUAUAUAGUCUUGACAUACAUCCUGAUGGCUCACGUUUAGCUACUGGUGGAGUGAUUGACACAUGCGGAGUUGUCAUUUUGUGGAAUAUGGCACCUAUUCGUGAUCCAUCACUGGAGUCCGAUGAAAACUCUUGUCUCAAGCUUUUUCAAAUGGACAGUCAUCAAGCUUGUGUUAAUUGUGUCCGUUGGUCACCAACUGGUCGUUGGUUAGCCUCUGCUGGAAUGGAUAAAGUUAUAAUGCUCUGGUCAAAAACAGCUGUUACUUCCCGUCCAAUUCAAGUAUUUGGGUCAAAAGAACCAACAAAGUUUACAGAACAUUGGCGUUGUGUAUCAACACUUCGUGGUCAUAGUGGAGGAAUUUCACCAAACAAAACGCUACAUAUAAAUGCAUUUCUUCAGUCGAAUACAUUAAAAGUGGAUGAGAGUGGUGUUGAAGCAGCGGCUGUUACUUCGCCUAUAUUAGUACCAGUUUCAUUUAUUAGAUCAGAGAUCGAUUUUCAUGUGAAUCAACCAUUUGUCUGUUUUAUAUAUGAUCAACAAUUAGCCAUGCCAUUAUUGGCAGCUCAAGUAAUUGAACCGAUGAUUUGA